CCGCCUCCGAGGAGAGAGACCGAGCGGGUGCAGAGGGGAAAGGUCAGACGGAAAGGCACCCCGAGGUGGAGGUGCGGUCGGACGGAGACAUGGUCAACCUGUGCAGGCGUCGUUAGCUCUGAAUCGGGGGCUCUGGCGGAAGGAGGAUUCUACUGGGAGAACUGGACAUGCUAAACUGGUGAUGAGCACGAGGCCGACCGCAUGUGUGGAGCUUUUUGCACGGAGCGCCUGCUUGAUGUUAUUUACCCCUCGGAAUAUAGUGGGAGACAACAAUUGUGCCGUUGAAUUCACAGAGAAAGAAGAAAAAGAGAGUGAAGACACGAGGAAAGUAAGUCAACAAACCCAAGAAAGAAAGUGAUGGAUCAUCAGGACAAAGGAGGAGGCACAGGAGGAGGAGGAGGAGGAGGAGGAGGAGGAGGGCAGACUAACGAGAACGAGAAGGCCGAGGACGUCGUCGAUGAAGAGAAGUGGACCAAAGACAAGAACAACAAGCUGGAGAAGGAAAUCGGCGGGAAGGAGCCCGGCAGGGGGGCCGCCAAGGAGAAGCGCCGCUGCCCCUGGAGGAGCGGCUGGGCCCUGGCCGAGCGCCUGGCCAUCAACGUGUCGGGGAUGCGCUACGAGACCCAGCUCCGCACCCUGGCCCAGUUCCCCGACUCGCUGCUGGGCGACCCCGGCCGGCGCCUGCGCUACUUCGACCCCGUGCGCAACGAGCUCUUCCUGGACCGGAGCCGCGUCUGCUUCGACGCCAUCCUGUACUUCUACCAGUCCGGCGGGAGGCUGCGCCGGCCCGCUAACGUGCCGCUGGACAUGUUCCUGGAGGAGCUGCGCUUCUACGAGCUCGGGGAGGAGACCAUCGACCGCUACAAAGCGGAGGAGGGCUUCUCCAAGGAGGAGGAGAGGCCUUUACCCACCAAUGACUUGCAGCGGCGCCUCUGGAUGCUGUUCGAGUACCCGGAGUCCUCCGGCGGAGCUCGGAUCAUCGCCAUCAUCAGCGUCAUGGUCAUCGUGCUCUCCAUUCUCAUCUUCUGCCUGGAGACCCUGCCUGAGUUCAGGCUUGAGAAGGAACAGAGGGAGCAAUUCACCACCAUGCCUCACCCCACCAUAGCGAACGAAACCAUCUCGGUCCCGCCCGGCUUCAACCCCUUCCAGGACCCCUUCUUCAUCGUGGAGACCAUCUGCAUCAUCUGGUUCUCCUUCGAACUCAUCGUGCGCUUAAUCUGCGCUCCGAGCAAGGUGCACUUCUUCAAAGACGUCAUGAACACCAUCGACUUCUUCGCCAUCAUUCCCUACUUCGUUACCCUGGGCACGGAGAUGGCCAAGGACAAGGGCGCGCCGCCCUCCGUGUCCCUGGCCCUCAUCAGGGUCAUCAGGCUGGUGAGGGUCUUCAGGAUCUUCAAGCUGUCUCGCCACUCCAAGGGCCUCCAGAUCCUGGGCCAGACGCUGAAGGCCAGCCUCAGAGAACUCGCCCUGCUCAUCUUCUUCCUGUUCAUCGGCGUCAUCCUCUUCUCCAGCGCCGCCUACUUUGCGGAGGUGGACAGCAAAGACACGGCGUUCACCAGCAUCCCCGGGGCCUUCUGGUGGGCCGUGGUGACCAUGACGACAGUGGGCUACGGGGACAUGUACCCGGAGACGGUCGGGGGGAAGCUGGUGGGCUCCAUGUGCGCCAUCGCCGGCGUGCUCACCAUCUCGCUGCCGGUGCCCGUCAUCGUGUCCAACUUCAGCUACUUCUACCACCGCGAGAACGAGUGCGAGGAGACGACGCAGUACAAGCACGUGUCCACGUUGCUGUGGGACGGGGAGGACGACGGAGAGGGGGAACGCGAGGAAGGGGCGGACGAGGAGCUCGAACACACGGGGGACUACGCCCCCCUGUACGGGCCGGACGGCGGCGGCGGCGGCGGCAUCUGCCCGCCGCUCAACGGUUCCCUCCUGGUGGGGCUUUGUGCCGGACAGGAAGCCGCCGGGCGGAGAGGGACAAACUUCUACCUCAACGAAACUCUGGUCACUCAGGUUUAACGGCGAGGCAGUCGGACGUUUAACGGAGGGGAGGGCGGAGACCGGAACGUGAACACAAGAGACUUGAUACCAGAUCGACCAUGUUGGAUUUGAGGUUUUUGCUUGGUUUUUAUUUCACUCGUUGUUUACGGGAAACAUCUGUUUUUCUCAAUGAAUAAAUGUAACGUGAUCUCUUCUGUCCAGCUCAAGGAAAAAAAACACCUGGUGCACAAUGAAAAAGAUAAAAAAUGUUUUUGAGUGAGGAGACUUUUUGCUUGUUCUGGGCAAUAACAAUGGCAUUUAUUAGAAAAAUUAUAAUAAAGAUUUUAGGUAUUACGUGAUUUUACAUUUACAUAAUUCUUUCAAUCAUUUCCUUUAACGUUUCCUGAAUAUACGUAGGUUUAGUAGGUUAAGUUAACAUUUAUUUAUUCUACAUAUAUUAUCGGAAGCUGUAUUCUCCACAUGCAUGUGGACAGUUUUUCAUGUUCAGUUGUGUUGACUGAAACACUACCUCGGUUACACUGGCAAAUGGUAAAAAAUGAUACUUAUACUAUAUAGUUUGUUUUCUAAGAAACUUCAUUUUUGUUUGAAAAGCACGCUAAACAUAUUUUCCCAUUGUGCAGCAGAAGGACAAAGAUUAUUUAAGGAAUCUGAACAUGUUUGUAAAAGCGUGGUUAAUCACCCGUGAGUUGCUCGUGCGACUUGAUCGUCGCUGUACAGGUGUCAAAUGUAAAAAUGAAAAUCCCUGCAACGACAGAUGGCACUUCUGCAGAAAUGUGACCAUGUAAAGCCAGCGUGCAGUAAACACACGGCUCAGCGAAGUGAUCUCCUGCGGGAGCGAACUGCACGGCGCCGCGGUGGUGUCGGCGAUGUAAUCCGCGACCGGUAAAUUGCUCAUCGGCGCGGACAGAGUUCAUGUCGGCGGUCAUGGUUACAUACGGCGACGUAAUGGAUACGGCUGACAUUUCUAACCAGCGGAGCCAUGGCGAGGCCUCGCUUGUCACGGGGACGCCUUCCCCCUCGUUAACCUGCCUAAAAGCGCAGAUGCGUUUGAGCUGUAGAUAUGCGUGUGGUUUCCCUCGUUCAUCGGCUGACCUUUGAUCCCAAAUCACACGAAGAUGAAGGCCUUAAAAAACACUUUUAAUAUGCUGUUCCGUUUUUAUAUUUUUGAUUUCGCUACUAUGAGACAUUCUUUGUUGAACUUAACUAACUAUAAAAGGUCAAAUAUUUCAUUAAAAGAAUGAAAUGUUUUAAUGAAUCCCGCUGCAGGAAUCUUCAAACCCAGAAAGGAAUCGGCAUCUUUGCACUUCCUGUUUCCGGUGAAUGUAUAUUUGUUAUUAGCUUUGGGUUUUUGAGUACUGAAAUAAAGUCUGUGGUUCACAAGAGCUUUGUACAGUUUUGUUCAACAAUUUAAAACACGGCUGCUCACUAAGAGCUGAACCAGAUGUUGUCCAUGUUUCAUGUUAUUGGGAAGUCUAGAAUAACGCUAGAUAACGUUAGCUAACACUGGCUAACGUUUUGCCUCGGCAGAUUGUAUUCGCUCCUCCGAAAAGUGGUGUUUAUCUGUGAACAUUAUCAACCAAUAAUAUAAAAAUACAACAGAAAAAUCA